AUGACCACAGAAGCUGCUGCUACUACUGGCGAGAAACGCAAGAUUCAAGAUACCGAUACCCAAUCGGUUCCUGCUACCAAAAAGGCCGCGUUAGAAACUCCUGCGGCUCCAGUCUCUGAGGAAACCCUCAAGGCCAGGUUUUCAUCCAAUUUGUUUGAAGAACCAACUCGUGAAUUACUCAAACAACAGAUUACAGAUUCAGAACCUUACAAACAUGGCGUAAUUCCGGAGCUUAUGAAUGAUGAAUUACUGAGGCGAGUGCGAGAUGAAAUUAAGGCUAGUUUACACUUUACAAAGAAAGAAACAGAUAUUUACAAACUGUUUCAAACUGGCGACCUGCGGAACUUAUCUGGUUUAGAUGCAGAGGAAAAGGCUCAACUUACAGCUUUGGGACAAUUACGCGAAGCACUUUACUCUAAACCGUUCCGUGAACACCUCGCUUACGUCACAGGAUCCGGGGCAUUGUCUGGAACUAAACAAGAUUUGUCAAUCAAUGUGUACCAACAAGGAUGUCACUUGUUGAACCAUGAUGAUGUAAUUGGGAGCCGUCGAAUCUCGUAUAUUUUGUACUUGCCUGACCCAGAUGAGGUGUGGGAGUACCCAAAGAAUGGAGGUGCGCUACGGCUGUAUCCCACGGAAAAACCCAAUGUUCCAGCCAAAGAUUGGACCAAGGUUGUACCUCCUGCAUGGAACCAGUUGGCAUUUUUCACAGUUCAACCAGGACUAAGUUUCCAUGAUGUGGAAGAAGUAUUUGUCAAUAAACCUCGUAUGUCGAUUUCUGGGUGGUUCCAUAUUCCACAACGUGGUGAAGAAGGGUUUAUUGAGGGUGAGUUAGAGGCUACAGAAGCUAAAAGCUCGUUACAUCAGUUGGAGAGUAAUGAGCUUCAAGAGUUUGACUACCCGAAACGAGUUUUUGUGAAUGUGGAUGAACAGGAAGUUGAGCAGGGUCGUUCACAAAUUGCUGCACUUGAGGAUUCAGAAGAAAAAACAAGCGAAUUACUACUCCCUCUAGAAUCACAAGAGUAUUUAGCCAAAUACCUGAACCCAACAUUACUAAAGUCUGGACCAUUGUUACAGCUUUCAUCACGAUUUUUGAGUGAAAGUGUGGUCGAGGUUCAUGAUUUCUUAAAUGCAGAGUAUGCAAGUGCUUUAAAAAUUGCUAUUGAUCGUGUCGACAUGGACGAUGAAGAAGCAGGAAUUAAGGUACCAUUCAGAUCAACUGAUAUUGAACUACCAUGGAAACUUGCAGGCCCUCCUCACAAGGCUCGGUAUAUGUACUUGGAUGGGUUGCGCACAUAUGAGGCUGAGGCUGCUGCAGAAACAGAGGCUGAGUCGAGUUCUGGAUUAUCUGGGGAUGCAUCUGUGAUUGUUGAUAAUAAAGUGAUUAUUGAGGCUAAAGCAGCAAAGUCUUUAGAGUCAAUUGCUACAAGCAAGUUAUUGGAAGUACGUGAAUUGUUUCAAAGCCCACACUUGCGAGCUUGGUUACGAGCUGUAUCACGACUUAAUCCAAUGACUGCACGAGUACUUGUGCGUCGAUUCAGACCAGGACUUGAUUUUACAUUGGCCACAGGAUUGUAUAAGAAGACAAAAAAGAAUGAAGAUGAUUCCAAAGAUGAUUCUGAAAAUUCAGAAGAUAAUGACGAUGAGCCUGGUCAAUUGUUAGAAGCCACUUUGGGAUUGACACCAAGCAAAGGCUGGGAUGAUGGUGAGUUAGGUGGUUAUGAGUUAUAUAUGGGAGUUGAAGAAGAAGACACAGAUACUCAAUUGGAUCCAGCUGUUUAUCGACGCAAGGAUACUCGUGUGAGUGCAGAUGGUGGUGAUUCUUAUGGCAAGAGUGGGGCAGUUGGUAAAGAAGAAGGAGGAGAUGAAGAUGAUGAUGAUGAUGAUUCUGUAUUACUUACAACACAGGCUGGAUGGAAUGUUUUGACACUUGUUGUACGUGAUGAGGGGAUUCUUAAGUUUGUAAAAUAUGUGAGUGGGAAUGCACCAGGUAGUCGUUGGGACGUUUCGUCUGAGUGGACUAUUGAGAAUGUUGAUGAUGAUGACGACGAAGAUGAAGAUAAAGAUAAAGAUAAAGAUAAAGAUGAAAAUGAAGAACAAGAUUAA